AUGGCAGCGGCCCCCCCCGCGGGAACGGGCCCGGCGCGGACACUCGCGGCCGCCGGCACGACCAAUGGGAAGCGAGGGCUCCUGUCACGGGAAGCACUGGCCUCUGGCUGGGCCGCAGCAGAGGAAAGCUCUUGGCUUAUUCAGCUGCCCCAUUUCCAGUUCAAGGAGAUAAUGAAGAGGCGCAAACGCCAGGAGGAAAGGCUGGGCCCUGGAACCUACAACAUCAGGGACUUCCUGCAGGAGACACGGCCCUGCAGCCUCCGGGGGAUCUGCGACACGAGGGAGCAGCGGUUCAGAGAUGCCCACAGGAACUGCUUCCCUGGCCCCGGCACCUACAGCCCACAGGGGAACCCCUACAGCAGCCUGGAGAGGGCCAGGCGCUCGGCUGGCAGGCGGGGGCUGAUGGACAGCGGGACCCCAAGGUGCGCCCUGCCCGCUGCCACGGGCAGCAGCCUGGGACCCGGCACCUACGACCCAUGGAGCAGCACAGAGCGGGGGCUGCGGCGGGCGGGCGGCCCUGGCCAUGGCCCUGGCCAGUCCUUCUCCAGGGACAGGUCCAAGGCUGCCCAUGGUGGCCGCCAAACCUUGGAGAGAGGCACCGAGCUGAGCACUGGCACUGUCAAGAGCUUCGUGGACAAGCUGACAUCAAAGGAGAAUGAGAAGAAAGGGCGCUUCAGCACCCUGCCGAGGAACACGGGCUGCCCCACGGAGAGGAUCUUCUGGGCCACGCUCAGCCAGUGCCCGAGGAAGGUGUAUGCAGUGGGGCCGGGCUCCUACAACCCAAAGCCCUUUGAGAGCUCAGCAUCCUGCAGCCAGGCCCCAUUCUGGUCAUCUGCCAAGAGAUUCGACAGGAGGUCCUUCCACCUCUUUACUGGGAACCAGAACCCUGUAGGUGUUGGUCGCUACGACAUCAGCAAGCAGGAGAAAUGCCCCCAGAAGCUGCGAUCCCCAUCCCUGUACCAGCGUGAUGCACAGCGCUACCUCAGCAACCUGCAGCGGGACGCCUGCCUCCUGGAGCGGCUCAAGCCUGUUGCUAAAAGCAAGUGGGGUAAUUUCUGCCAUGUUGUCCAGCAACCUCUGAAGCAAUCACCUUUUGCUGAGCAGGAGAUGGUGCUGGGCAGCCCAGAGAGGUGA